UAUCAUAUAGAUCUCCAAUACACACACACACACCCAUUAACAAACACCCACUGGAAAACAAUGGAGAGCUACUUCUACAUUUGGUUUCCUUCCCAAGUUACCCUUAUAACCACCAUUAUCACCUUCUUCUUUUGCAUCUCUAGUAGGAAAACUUCUACUACUGCAACUCCAACCUUCUCCAGGAUCUAUGCCUUUGGUGAUUCCUACACAGAUACAGGGAACACCAAAUCAUCCACAGGUCCAACUAUGUUCCAACAUGUCUCCAACCUUCCCUAUGGAACCACAUUCUUCAACAAACCCACCAAUCGUUACUCCGAUGGUCGUCUUGUGAUCGAUUUCGUUACUGAAGCUCUUAACUUACCAUACUUACCGCCUUUUCUCGACCGAGCAGAUAUGAAUACAUCUCAUGGUGUUAACUUUGCAGUGGCUGGCUCGACGGCCAUUGAACAUGAUUUCUUUGUGAGGAACAAUUUGUCUAUGGAUAGUACUCCUGAGUCAUUACAGACUGAGCUUGUUUGGUUUGAUAAGUUCUUGGAGGAAAAGGGAUGUGGAGAAGGAUCAAAUACAAAUAGUGAUUGUAGAGAAUUGUUUGAUGAUACUCUGUUUUGGGUUGGAGAGAUUGGAGUAAACGAUUAUGCAUAUCUCAUUGGAUCGCUUGUUCCUACUAACACUGUGCAACAACUUGCCAUUGACAGCAUUUCUAGUUUUUUACAGGAUUUACUGAAGAAGGGAGCCAAGUACAUGGUGGUUCAAGGUCUACCGUCGACGGGAUGCCUGGCGCUAUCCAUGUCAUAUUCUCUCUUCGAUGACAGAGACGACAUAGGCUGUGUGGGGAGUGUAAACCUGGUGACUUACAUGCACAACUCCCAGCUUCAAAACAAGCUUCAGGAUCUCAGGAAACAAUUCCCUCAAGCUGUCAUUGCAUACGCCGAUUACUCCAACGCUUAUCGCGAGGUGAUGAAGAACACUCGCAAGUAUGGAUUCCAGGAGCCCUUCAAGGCUUGCUGUGGCUCUGGUGGUGGACCUUAUAACCUCAACAUACUUGCCACAUGUGGGUCACCAGAUGCCUCAAGAGCUUGUUCAAACCCUAGUCAGUUCAUCAACUGGGAUGGAGUCCAUCUCACAGAAGCCAUGUACAGGGUGGUUGCUGAUAUGUUCCUCCAUGGUGGAUAUUGUCAUCCUUCAUUCAGUGACUUGAUGAGUAGAAAAACCCUUGGGAGCUGAGAGCUGACCGUCUUAUCACUAGCUUAUAUAUCAUUCUCAGUGUGUAUCUGCAUCUACAUACUACUUAUGACAGUAACACUAGUAUAGCUCAGUGUACUACCCUGGUAGUCCUAGAAGAUCUUCAAUAUGUAUAUUCGCUGUGCAUCAUUUCAGGUUCUGGUUUAAA